AAGUAAAUGCACUCGCAUGAAAUAUUGUUUAAUAAAUUUUUCUUAGUUUAGUUUAAAUGGAGAAUUGGGGAAGUGAGGAACGACAGAAAAUUGGAUUGCAAGAAUUUUUAAGAAAAUCAUGGAUUUAAGACUGAUAAUCUCCAUUAUUUUGGCACUAACCACCAUCCAAACCACAAAGUCAGCAGAAUGUGAGUACGAAGUCCUCAAAGGCAUCUAUCGUUGCUAUCUUAAAAAUGCAACCGUCCUCACUGACGACACCGAAUUAGAAAUCGAUGGUGAGCACGUGCAGGGGUAUGGCGAUAGUGACGUCAAGAAAGUCUUCAUUACCAAAUCAAUCAUUCAUUAUCUUCAGCCAACAAUCUUUGAUAAGUUUGUGAAUAUUGAAGAGUUUUCAUCAAUUGACUCAGAAAUUAAGGAAAUAUUGCCAAAUGCUUUUGAAUCGUGCCUAGAAUUGAAGAUUUUCAUCAUUGAGGACCCGGAACUUCAAGUUGUACCUGAAAAAUUAUUCAAAAAUUGCCAAAAAUUAUCAGAACUGACGAUUAAGGCACAACUGACGGUCCUCUUUCCCGACACUUUCUUCGGUCUCGAAAGCAGCUUAAAAAAUCUCGAUUUAUCCGGCAAUCAAAUUAUGACAGUGACUGAUAGCUAUUUUAAGGGUCUGAUAAGAUUAACAAGUCUAAAUUUAGGUGAGAAUGAGAUUAAUGGCUUCGAUAGUGCUGCAUUUAAUGACUUAACAAGCCUCGUUGAGCUUAAUCUGAUGGGAAAUUCACUCGCUGAGUCGAUGAUUCCUAUGAAUUUAUUUGAUAAUUUAAAGAAUUUGGAGAUUUUAGAUUUGAGGAUCAAUUUGAUUAAUGAGUUGAAGGCUGAGUGGUUUGGCAACUUGACGGGACUUCAAACUUUAGAUUUAUCAAGAAACAACAUCGAUGAGCUGCCUGAGAAAGUCUUUACAGCGCUGGAAAAUCUCAAAUUUCUUUAUUUAGACGAUAAUAAUCUUAAGACACUGCAGCCAGAGCCAUUUGGACAUCAUGACAGCCUGCUUGUCCUCACAGUCGAUAACAACGAGAUUCAGUCAAUUAAUUCUAAAUUCUUCGAGUCAUUCCCAAACAUUGAGUAUUUCCAUGCUGAGAAUAAUGUCUGCAUUGAUGGAUAUUUGAUAGCUUUUGAGGAACCAAUUAAGUUUGAGGAUAAAGCAGUUAAUGAUAUGUUAUAUCCAUGCUAUUCUUACAAUGGAGCUGUUAAGCUUGGUGAAAAUGAAUAUUUGACUUGGGUUUGGGUUGGAUUAGGAUCAGCUGGUGGUGCUUUCGUUGUUCUUGUUGUGCUUUAUCUUAUAGUUCGUAAAUUAAGAAAUAGAAAUAAUAAAAUUACUGUUAAUGUGUAAUAAAUAA